AGUACGAACGGGGAUUUUCUGCAAGUACAUCCGAAGUUGUGAGUUCUGUAAGUCAUAAGUAAAAUUUGAGUGCACUGAUAUUCUUUAAAAAAUCGAAUACGCUUCACUAUGCUAUAUGAAAAGUAUCUUAGCGCCUCGUUAGUGGCGAUCGGUUUGUUACGAUUUAGCUCGGCGUUAGAGCCUCUGACUAUCAUGAGUAUUGGUGCUGCUGCUGCCGCCGCCGGAGCAGGUUGGUUUAAGUUCGACUUUCUUAAGAAACAUACAUACUGUAGAUUCAACGAAUGUUGCAUGGUACCUUACCUGAAAAAUGAUAUAGAUGGUUUAAGUAGGAAGCUUAAGCGAAACUUAUUUGGUCAGCACAUUGUUCAAGACACACUGAUCAGUGCAUUGAUGGGUCAUUUGAAUAAUAUAGAGUCCUCGAGCAAACCUUUAGUUAUGUACUUUGAUGGAACUACUGGCACAGGAAAGAACUAUGUAACUGACUUUAUUAUAUCGUCUUUUUACGAGAAAGGAAUCAACAGUAAAUACGUUCUAAAGUUCGCCGCUGAUUUAUGGAUUACCUAUCCUUCUCACGAAGUGACGUCUAAACUUAUCAACAAUGUUAAGGAAAAAAUAAAGGAAUGCAAAUACUCGCUGUUUGUAUUUGACGAAACGCAAAAGAUGCCUAAUGGUGCACUUGACGCCUUAGUUCCACUGCUAGAUCACCAUUCCUCUUCAUUGGAGUUUGAUUACACCAAAUCAAUUUUUAUUUUCCUAUCAAAUAGCGCAGGUAUAGAGAUUGCAAACCGCCUGAAAGAUCUCAUUACUCAUACUGGCCGCCUUCGGGAAGACACUAAGCUAGUGGAUUUUGAGGAGAUAACUGAACUGGCCGGUUUUAACAUAAUCGGUGCACUGAAGCAUAGUCCCCUUAUUACGUCCAAGGUUAUUGAUUACUACAUACCUUUCUUACCACUAGAGGAGGGUCAUGCAAAGCAGUGUAUCCAAGCAGAAUUUGAAAAUUACUGUCCGAGACGGAUGACCAAAGAAAAGAUAAAUGAGGUUUCGAAGUUGACUAUCAAAUUGGAUGAUACUGGAAUGUUUCAAGUACACGGCUGUAAACAAAUUAGUAAAAAGGUUGAGGCAAUGUGCUACACUUAGUUCGGGACAAUAUUUAUAACUAGCAUUUGAUCUAUUUUCAUAAUUAGAUAUUCAAGAUCUAUGUAAUGCUGACGUUGGGACGUCACCGAACUUUUGAACUAUAAAGUAAAAAAAAAACAUUUUUGCUGAGAAGAGUAUGUCGUUUAUCUUUCGUUCCAAUCACAAAAAUAUUAAAACUUGUUCAGUUGAAAACAUUGUUUUUCAAAUAAAUAGCUAUUCUUGAAAAAACGCAUCUUAAGGUUAUUCAUUUUCCAAUCGGAAUUACCAUUUCAAACGGAUAUCCGAGUAGAUCUGCCGUUGAGGCUCUGCUUUUGGGAUCGUACCUGAGGCAGCGCUGCAACAUCUCUAGCAACAUGGAUGGAUAGUAGUUUGGAAGCGAUGGAUAGUCUAUCACCGUGUUAG